AUGGCGGGCAGCACUCAGCUCGGGUUGGAGGUGGCCUUUUACCUCUAUCCCUGCGGCCUCUUCGUCACCCUGCUGUCGUCUCAGUCCUUCCAGUUCUACCGCGAGCGACACGGCGUCACGCGCCAGGACGCGAUCGAUGAUGAACAGAAGAGAGCAGAGCGCCUCUACGCGCGCGUCAUCCGCGCCCUCCAGCUCAUUGUCUCGCUGCUGUUGCUCGCCACCAUCAUCCUUGCCGUCCGCGGCGCCGUUGCCGGCCAGUACGAUGGCGCCGGCAAGGUCGUCUUCCCCUUCAGCGCAUUCUUGGCAUCUUAUGUUGCGGUCCUGCUGUACUACCUAGCCGGCCUGCUGCCUGACCCAGAGGGCCCCUGGACGCCGACCUCGGCUCACUUCUAUGCCUGGAUCGUCGGCGCCCUCUUUGAAGCCUUCAUUGCCGCCGUCUUCUCCUCCGAGAAGAACUCGUUCCGCGUGGCCAAUGACCUGCUUGACGUCCUCGACAUCCUGGGCGCUGCCAGGAUCGUCGUCUUGGUCGCCAUGAUGGUUUGCCUCAUUCUCAGGGACUACAAACUCAAGCCUUCGCAACCCAAGUCGGACCCUGAGGAGCGCCAGUCUCUUCUUGGUAGCAGCAGCAGCAGCAACGGCGAAUCCCGCAACUACGGUGGUGCUCAUCCACACGGAGCGCCUGCCCACAAGCCUCCCGCGAGGACUCAGGUGCAGGGUACCGGGUGGCUGGACUACUUUGCCGGAUUCCGGGUCCUGUUCCCGUAUCUUUGGCCCAAGGAUUCCCCCAUCUACCAGGGAAUCGUCGUCAUCUGCCUGGUCCUCCUGAUCUGCCAGCGCACCGUCAACGUCUUGGCCCCGGUCCAGCUCGGAACUCUAGUCGAUGCUCUCGGUUACGGCCGCAUCCCCUACAAGGAGAUCAUCCUCUACGUCGUUUACCGCGCCCUUCAGGGUAACCAGGGAGCUCUCGGCGCCGCGCGCUCGGUCCUCUGGAUCCCGGUCUCACAGUCGCUCUUCCGCCGACUGUCAUGCGCCGCGUUCGAGCAUGUCUUGGGGCUCUCCAUGGAGUUCCAUCUCAACAAGAAGAUUGGCGAGGUCACGAGUGCGCUGAGCAGAGGAUCCGCCAUGAACACGUUUUUGGAGAACUUUUGCUUCCAGGUGUUCCCCAUGGUGUUUGACAUCUUCGUCGCCGGCGUCUUCUUCUUCGUCAAGUACGACGCCUUCUACACCAUCAUUGUCUUUUUCAUCAUGUGGUCGUACAUCUUCCUGACCAUCUACGUCGCCAAAUACCGCGGCAAGCAGAGAAGGGACAUGGCCACCAAGAACCGUGAGAUGGAGGCCAUCAAGACGGACGCCAUCAUGGCGUACGAGACGGUCCAACACAACUGUGCCGUCGUCCCCGAGACGGAACGGUUCAAGGAGCACGUGGUGGUGUACCAGAGGGCCGAGCGCCUCGUGCUGUGGUCGCUCAACUUCCUGAACCUGACGCAAAGCUCCAUCUUCUCCCUCGGAACCGCCCUGCUUGUCGCCGUUUCCGCGUACAAGAUUUCCCGCGGCGAGCAGACGGUCGGCGAGUUUGUUAGUCUGAUCAACUACUUUGUGCAGCUGCAGGGUCCCCUGAACUUCUUCGGAACCUACUACACCAUGCUGCAGAACAACCUGAUCGAGGCGGAGAGGAUGCUCGAUCUGUUCAAGGAGACGUCGGGAGUCGUGGAGAAGCCCGACGCCGUUCGGUUGCCGGCGGUCAAGGGAGAGGUCGCCUUCAACAACGUCAAGUUUUCCUACCAGAGCAAGAAGGGCGAGCCCGCCAUUGACGGCGUCAGCUUCACCGUCGCCCCCGGGACCAAGACGGCCAUCGUCGGAGAGUCCGGCAGCGGCAAGUCGACGUGUCUGAAGCUCCUGUUCCGCUUCUACGAUGUCAACGAAGGCUCCAUCACCGUCGACGGCCACGACCUCAAGGACCUGAAGCUCGACAGCCUUCGGAAGAACAUCGGAGUCGUGCCGCAGGACACGGUUCUCUUCAACGCCACCAUCAUGUACAACUUGCUCUACGCAGACCCCAAGGCCACCCAGGAAGAUGUGUACGAGGCGUGCAAGGCCGCGAACAUCCACGAACGUAUCCUCGCAUUCCCGGACGGCUACCAGACCAAGGUUGGAGAGCGUGGCCUCAAGCUUUCUGGAGGUGAACGCCAACGAAUUGCCAUCGCCAGAGCCAUCAUCAAGGACGCCCGUAUCUUGCUUCUGGACGAGGCCACGGCGUCCCUGGACUCCCACACCGAGAGGCAGAUUCAGGACGCCCUCGAGCGCGUGACAGAGGGCCGCACCACCAUCACGAUCGCGCAUCGUCUCUCCACCAUCACCACAUCCGACCAGAUCGUGGUGCUCCACAAGGGUAAGGUGGCCGAGCGCGGCACGCACGCCGAGCUGCUGUCGCUGGGAGGGCGCUACCAUGCCAUGUGGGAGAAGCAGACCACGGCGGAGAAGAGAAUCAAGGAAAAGGUGGAAAAGGAGGGCGAGUCGUCCGAGACCGGGUCCCAGCAGUAA